AUGAGAGGAGUCGGAGGACCGUUGCUGUCGAUCGGAGAUCUGCUCGCCGAUCUGGUUGCAGAGACCAGUGAGUCACCGGAAAACGAUCAAAAUCCGGAUAAUUCUUCAAGAUUAGAACCUGAUGCCGUCUCUGGAUCCUUGGAUUUAACCCAACUCUUUCAGGGCAAGUAUGAUAAACUAAACAGUGCGUUUGCUGGUUCUGAUCACUCAUGGACCUCUCUGACGUUGGAGCUUUGCACAGCCCUGGAAACUGCAAACAAGUUGGUUCAAGCCACCACCACAAAUGCUAGAUUGUUGUCAGGGAAAGUGGAAGAGCUCGAGAAAAUUGUGAAACGAGGAGACUCUUCGGUUGCAGCUGCUAGAACAGUUCACGCUACUGUUAACCAGAAAGGAUUACCCUCUUAA